AUGACUGGAUUCCCUCUUUCUCAGAUUCGAUUGUCCAAUUAUACUCCAAAACCGUCGGCUUAUUAUGAUAACGGCAUGUGUAGUGGUGAGAUUCAUCUGUCAGAAGUGGAUGCCACGGUCAUUUCAUUUCCUAUCAAUUGUAUCAUCUCGUUAAAAGCUUUAUUGCUUUCCACUAGAAUGAACCGAGUCCAGCAGAGAAAUGUUCGUGCCAAGACCCAAAAUGAAUGUGUAGUGGUCAUCGUUGAUUAGAAACGAGAAGAUUUCAACGAACUUUUGCCCGAAUGUGAUAAGACCAGAACACAAAAUUGGCAAAUGGACUGGCAGCUUCACCAUGAGACAUCGGGAUUACGGUAGAUAUUGUACAUCUCCAGUCUGCCUGAGACUAUCCUUCGACCACAAGUUUCUCAAGAAUGGCUAAGAUUCUCACGAGCGCGCACGCCUGAUUAUGUAUUCAAUUCCCUCCUCGUCCGAACUAUCCCCGAGAUUACCCCCCUGCCUCGGUUGGCUUUUCGCGAUGAGAACUGCGUUUCCCAUGUGUCGGAUCCAAUUGAUUUACAAGCCUCCUGAUGCGCCUUUUUCUGGAGACAGAGGAGAAGAAAAGACAAGCGGCGAGGUGUAUCCGCCCUUUUUUCCUCCGACGAGAAUUGAAACAGAGAGGAGGGGGGAGGAAGAAAGGACGAGCUGCUUAUAUAACACUUCGCGUUCUUUAGACAUUUCCUCAUUUAUGUCAUUCAUUCGGGUUUAGACCCCUCUCGCUUUUGUGGUUUCUUCCAAUUCUAAUACUUGACACUUCUUCAUACUUGUUUACCUUCUCCUACUUGCCUUUACAGACAUGUCCCUGUCCGUCCGGCCUACAAUAAUCCUCCUACUCACCGUUGGCCUGGUGAAUGCGUGGUUUUUAGGAAUGGUAAGUAUUAGAACAUAUGGAUUUUCGGAAUGAAAAGUUAUCUCUAUUUCAGCUCGGAUGUCAGCAGAGAUGUCAAUCCUACACAGGUACUAUCAAGGCAGGAAUCAUAAUCCUUAUCCUCAGGUAUCACCUAUUUUCUAUAGAAUUACAUAAUCUGGGAAAAAAGGAAAACGAAGAAAGUUGUGUGAAGCUGAAAAUAAGAGGGCUAAUGAGCUCGUGGAGAGCCAAAUCUCAAUCUCACGCCUCCAGUUCAGUUGAAUGCGCUUCAUGAGAAAGUUUCUGAAAUAGAUGAGAUGACGCGACCGAUCUUUCAGCCGCAAGCCUUCCCAGCGCAGACUCCUCCAGCCAACGCCUACGCAACCGCUCCAUCCACCUACGUGGCACCCAACACUCUUCCAGUGGCCGCCCAGCACGCCAUCCCCCAGAGCUCCUACUCGGGCGGUCUGUUCGCGGUGACGCCCGCCUUCCCGGUGUCCACGUACCCGACUCCCCCUCCGUACGUCGUCGUCACUCCUUCCUAUCCGACUCCUGCCCGUACUUACCCCACCGCAGCGCCAACGACGACUACGACGACGACGACGACAACGACGCCUGCGCCGCCGAAGUGCUUCCUGAACUCUCACGGAUUCAGAUGCUGCAACAAGGCGUUGGAUCUGUUUUUAGAUCAGGCCAUCUUCCAGCUGCAGACGGCGCAUCACGGAGGCUGCAAUCUGCAAAAGUUUGCCACUGAUUUGCAGGUAACGAGCCUAGUAACGGAAUGAAAGUGUUUCAGAUUAUUAGCCCCGCAAAUUUCUGGCAAAUUCGCACCAUCGCGAUCUUUUUUCAAUUUUGCACUGAAUUCACGCGGAGACCGAUAGAGCGCGAUGGCCAGACUUUUCCGGAUGCAAUGCACACAAGUUCCGUUUUUCAGAAAGAUGCCCACCGCAUAUUCGGACAUUCGAUGGAAUCCAUCGUCGCCAGUGGCCAGAUGGAAAACCUCGCCCAUUACGCCGGAGACCUCUACUGCAAAAGGAAAACGACGGAUGGAAAGGUAGCGCUCCUCCAUGCUUCCUCUCUGAACAUUUCCCUCUUUCAGACGGUCGUACUCUACGGAUCGGCGGUCCCGUACGUUCUGGACGAAGGAGUGAAUCGGCCGAUGAACGAAUCCGAGCUGACGGCGGCCAAUUACCCGGACGAGUGGACGGAAAUCGGAGUGCACGACGGGCACGAGGAAAACAUUUCGUAA